AUGAGGAAGCUACAACAGAGAUACGACAAUAAAAGCUUGGUUAUUCAGUCGCAUAUUCGUGCCAUUCUCGACGCACCUCGGGUAGAGGUCACUUCGGCGAACGAAUUGCAGAAGCUGCAUUCAUGUGUUUCAACUCAUAUCACCGCACUUGAAUCGUUGUGCCAACCGGUUGAACACUGGGACGCAUGGCUCGUAACAAUUAUUCUGAGGAAAUUAGACCAGACCACAAGUCAUGAAUGGCAGUUGCGUCGAACUAACACCGAUUUACCAACAUAUAUCAAGCUGGAAGAAUUCAUUUCAGGUCGUUGUAUUGCAUUUGAGAGCUCCGAAACACUAGAUGCUAAUGAAAAGGGUGAGGAAGCAAGAUAUCCGACGAAUAGCGCAAUUAUGAAGAAGACGUCUAAUCAUACAGCUACAAGAAAAGGACUCAUAGCCUCAAUUCCCAAUAAUAUAAAAUGCAGCUGCUGCUCUGAACCACAUAAGCUAUACGCAUGUAGUAAGUUUAAAGAUCUAUCAAUAGGAGAUCGUGUCACAGUGGUUCGAGACUCGAGAUUAUGUUUUAACUGUUUUUCUCCAACUCACAUGGCAACUGUAUGUAAAUCUCUUUAUGGUUGUCGUACAUGCAGACGAAGGCACAACACGCUGUUGCACUUUGACAAGGUUCCAGAGCCUCAACAAACCACCGAAGGGGAACGGACUACAACAGAGAGGUCAAACGUGUCGGCAGCUGUAUCCGCUUUUAAUGGACUAGAACAAAAUUACACGUUUUUAGCAACUGCAUUUGUCCUUGUUGCUGAUAAGCGAAGCAAUCAGCGCAAGUGUAGAGCUCUACUUGAUAGCGGCUCACAGAAUUUUAUAUCAGGGAACCUCGCCAAGUCGCUACAACUAGAAUGUAAAAGGUCCAACCUACCAGUCGGUGGUAUUGGAGCGAGCCAAGUGAGAGCUGUAUCCUAUGUUGAAGUCUCAGUUCAAUCAAGACUGAGUGAUUAUUGGGUUAAAUUGGUAUGUUACGUGUUGACAACAAUUGUAAGUAAUUUACCAUUAUGUGAAACGCCAAAAGAGGGUUGGCAAAUUCCAGAUGACUUGAUGUCACAACUAGCAGACCCGUCCUUUCAAAAUCCAGGGACAGUUGAUUUAUUAAUAGGUGGUGGAGUAUUUUUUGAUGUGUUCAACCACUGUACCUCAGAUACCAUUAAACGUCAAGAAUGUAGUUUUGAACUUCAGCAAUCUUGGGUGGAUAGUAACCGGUGA